ACAUCAACAUGGCGGGGGAGCCAAUGCCCAACAGACCCAGAGGGCAAGGUUGAUAUUGAUAAUUGAGAGACUCCUGUGACACUUUCCCCUUUUUACUACAUUUUUCUCAAUUUCUCUGUAACAUUCUCCCUCUUCGUUUUUUCUCAGACAUCAACAUGGCGGGGGAGCCCAUGCCCAACAGACCCAGAGGGCUGAAGAGGUCUGCUGCUGCUCUCUACAGGUACUCCAUAGGGAAGAAGGCUUCAUGGAAGGGAGGGGGCAAGAAUAAGGGUUCAAUAGUCUCAAUAGUUGCUGAUAAUUCCUUUACUAAUUUCCUAUCCUUCAUCAUCACUGAUCUGAUAGAACUGGACAGUGGGCUUUUUGUCAUACAGCUUUGACCUGUCUUUUUCUGAGACCGGGACAUACGACGGAGAGGAAUUAGAGGAAAUUAGGAGACUAUUGAUGCUAAUUGUGAUUCCAGAACAUUAUAAUGUUGUUUAAUUAUAAUUAUAAUAAUGUUUUAUCUUUCAGUGGGUACGACUUUGAUUAUCACUACUACAGAGAUGAAUUCUAUGACAGGUGAGUGGAUUACACAUUAGCAUUUCCAUGUAAAAAGCCCCAUGAGCACUAACAUGUGAAGUUCAUAGGAGCACAUCAAAUUUGGUGUCAAAUGAAAGCUAAGAGAAAUGAAGGCAUAUAUACAUUUUUCAACCGUUUUCCAUCCCCAAAAAUGUUUAUAAGCAAAGGCUUGGAUUGCUGGUCAAACUUCUAGCAGAAAAGGUCUUAAAAGGUAUUAGAAAUACAACAAAACACAAUAAUGUUGAAGUAAAGAAACCUCUCAACUAAUAUCAACAUUUAUAUUUAGUUUUGCAGAAAUUAUUUCCCUUCUGUAAGUUUAAGAAAUAUUGCCUAGCGUCUUGUCAAUCUGUCAAUCAAACCAAAAAAUAUCUUUAAGAUAUUUUCUCAUUUCUCUCCCUCAUGCCCACAUGAAAAAAAACUACAGUUUACUAUAGAAUACUACAGAACGUACUAUAGAAUUAUAUAGUAAACUGUAGUAUACUGUAGAAUACUAUACUACACACUAUAGUAUAGUGUAGUACUUACUAUAGAAUGGUAUAGUAUACUAUAGAAUACUAUAGUAAAUACUACAGUAUUAUCCACAAAAAAACACUGUAGGAAACACAAUAUAUGGUCUAUACUUGCCAUGUACCACUAUAAAAACACUAUAACUAAUUGGUAGGUCUACCUUUUACUUGCUAUUUCUGUGAACUUUCAUUAUCCUCCCUCCUCACCCACAUAAAAAAAUACUAUAGUAUAACUAUGUUAUACAGUGAGGGAAAAACAUAUUUGAUCCCCUGCUGAUGUUGUACGUUUGCCCACUGACAAAGACAUGAUCAGUCUAUAAUUUUAAUGGUAGGUUUAUUUGAACAGUGAGGGACAGAAUAACAACAACAAAUCCAGAAUAACGCAUGUCAAAAAUGGUAUAAAUUGAUUUGCAUUUUAAUGAGGGAAAUAAGUAUUUGACCCCCACUCAAUCAGAAAGAUUUCUGGCUCCCAGGUGUCUUUUAUACAGGUAACGAGCUGAGAUUAGGAGCACACUCUUAAAGGGAGUGCUCCUAAUCUCAGCUUGUUACCUGUAUAAAAGACACCUGUCCACAGAAGCAAUCAAUCAAUCAAACCUACCAAUAGGUGCCCUUCUUUGCUUGGCAUUGGAAAACCUCCCUGGUCUUUGUGGUUGAAUCUUUGAUUGAAAUGCAUUGCUCGACUGAGGGACCUUCCAGGGUCUUUUCUUCCUGAGAAGUGAGAGAUGUUUUUACCUUUUAUUCUCCACUCAUCAUCACUGGAAGGUUUCCAAACUCGUUCCCAUGAAGAAAGCUCAACCAGCUUUUAAGUCCAGCUUUUGUUUCACAAGACGGCCUUUGCCAAGCAAACUUUGGCAGUGUCUUUCCUCAUCUCUUGGCCGCCCCUGUUUCAGUGGCUAUAGAAGCCCCGCUGGUGCUCUCCGCUGGAUGCCUGUGUUCGCAGAUGUCUGAACAUAAUAUCCAGAUGAGGAACACAUUUCAGCCAUCCAGAGGAGUUUAUUUAUACCCUCUCUGUGAUGUCCAAUUCUGAGUUACGGCUGUCAGAGGCUGCCUUUGACUGGGAUCAAUAUAUUACAGAGAGAUACACCUAAUAAUUUAAUCGCCCUUCUUCUUUCAAGUGAUCUCCAAAACCCCCAGUCUUCGGGGAGCCGCUGACGUAACCGGAGAACGUGCUCUCUGUCUGGACUGCAGAUAUCGCUUUGAAGCAGAGGCGAUAGCCUAUUACUUCAAUCACAACACACCAGAUAGAAACCUUUUUGCAGAAUACAGUCUUCUCAAAGUCCUUGCUCAUCUAAAUCAGUGGGAGUUUUAUUUUCACUGAACAAUGGACUCACAUACCCUUAAAGGCAAUAUACAGGUAACUGCCAAAAUAAAGGAAACACCAACAUAAAUUGUCUUAAUAGGGCGUUGGGUCACCACAAGCUGCCAGAACAGCUUCAGUGCGCCUUGGCAUAGAUUCUACAAGUGUCUGGAACUCUAUUGGAGGGAUGCAGUCAUACAGGGAUGCAGUCAUAGAGACCAUUCUUCCACAAUAAAUUCCAUAUUUUGUUUUUUUGAUGGUGGUGGAAAAGGCUAUCUCAGGCGCUGCUCCAGAAUCUCCCAUCAGUGUUCAAUUGGGUUGAAGUCUGGUGACUGACACAAACACACAAAAACACAAACACACACACACCCUUUAAACCCCAUUAUUCUCCUUUGAGACCCCUCUUUCAAAGUCACUGAGAUCUUUUCUUCUAGCCACAGCAGCCAAAAUUACGGGCAACUGGGCAUUUUUAUACAUGAUGGGAUGUUAAUUGCUUAAUUCACUCAGGAACCAAAUCUGUGCGUGGAAGCACCUUUCAAUAUAUAUAAACAAAAAUAUCAAUGCAACAAUUUUUAAGAUUUAAAGAGUUACAGUUCAUAUAAGGAAAUCAGUCAAUUGAAAUAAAUUCCUUAGGCCCUAAUCUAGUCUGCGGUUGUGAGGCCGGUUGGAUGUACUGCCAAAUUCUAUGAACCGCGUUGGAGGAGGCUUAUGGUAGCGAAAUUAACAUUACAUUCUUUGGCAACAGCUCUGGUGGACAUUCCUGCAGUCAGCAUGCCAAUUGCACGCUCCCUCAAAACUUCAGACAUCUUUGGCAUUGUGUUGUGUGACAGAAAUUCACAUUUUAAAGUGGCCUGUUAUUGUCCCCAGCACAAGAUGCACCUGUGUAAUGAUCAUGCUGUUUAAUCAGCUUCUUGAUAUGCCACACCUGUCAGGUGGCUGGAUUAUAUUGGCAAAGGAGAAAUGCUCACUAACAGGGAUGUAAAUACAUUUGUGCCGAAAAUGAGAGAAAUAAGCUUUUUGUGCAUAUGGAACAUUUCUGGGAUAAUUUAUUUCAGCUCAUGAAACAUUGGACCAACACUUUACAUGUUGCGUUUAUAUUUUUGUUCAGUGUAUUUUGUAUCCCUCAUUAACUCAAGAGUUUCCUUUAUUUUGGUAGUUACCUGUAGUUCUCUCAAACUCCAUAAAAUGUAUUCAUCACUCUCACUCCAUGGUACUGUACCGUAGGAUAGCUACAUUAUGGUGUACUGUAGAUACGUUUGAGAAGGUAGUGCUUUACCUCAGUUGUCCCUUUCAAUGUUUCAGGCAUGUCAAGACCUUUUUAAGACCUAUUACCUCUGAACUGUCAUAACUCAAUACAGAAAUGUACAUUAUCAAUGUAUCAGUAUCCUUCCACCAAAUGCUUUGUUAAUGAUGAGUGUCCCCCAUCUCGCUUUCCCUCUGUAGGCUGUUUGAGUACAGGGGCAGAGUGUCACCAGUGCCUCGAGUGGUGCCAGUUAAGCGGCCUCGCAUGGCCAUGCCCCUGGUGCGCCGGGUCAAGUCUUUGCCCGUCAAGCUGUUGGCACACGGUUCAGUCCUCCCUGGCAGCACCAUCAAGCAGAAGUGUGAGUUCCCGCAUGCGCUCUAUAUCAACAAUUUAUCUAAUGAAGUUUGAGACGUCUUCGAGACAAAGCUUCGACCUGAAAUGGCUUGGUUGAACUUGAACAACUCUAAAGCCAUCUCUUUUCAUCUAGAAGAAUGGCAUAUCUGCUCUAAAGCAGUCAAUUCUAAGAUUAAAUAAUGGAUUUAAUAAUGUUGGGACAAGUAAUUGUUAUUGUCUUGAGUAAUAGCCCUUUGCAGUGUUGUUACCAUAUACAGCAAUCUUCUCUUGAUACACAUGCUAUUACGUUGCAAUGAAUGUCAGGGUGAAUGUCUAUUAAAGGCCCAGUGCCAUCAAACAUUUAUUUUCCUGUAUUUUAUAUAUAUUUCCACACUAUGAGAUUGGAAUAAUACUGUGAAAUUGUGAUAAUGGUGGUAAUGCCUGAAAUUUCAGCCUGUUUUGGUGGGAUGGAGUUUUGGCCUGCCUGAUGACAUCACCAGGUGGUAAAUGAGUUAAUAGACCAAUAAGAAAGAGUUCCAAACCUCUCUGCCAAUAACAGCUUGUUUUCAGUUUUCCCCUCCUCACUCAGACCACUCCCAGACAGUCCUAGCAAAAAUUCUUGCUUGAGAAAUUGUUCUUUACUAAGUAGCUAUUUUUGUUUCUUUUUGACCAUUUGAAUUGAAAACAAUCACAGUAAGGAACUUAAUUGUUACCCAGAAAUUAUUUGAUAUUGAGAUAAAAUGGCUGCAUUGGACAUUUAAACCUAAACACUCUUCUCCUCUCUCUCUCUCUCUCUCUCUCUCUCUCUCUCUCUCUCUCUCUCUCUCUCUCUCUCUCUCUCUCUCUCUCUCUCUCCUGUUAUAGUGGGCUCAGUGGUGAAAUCCAACGAGCUACAGGAUAUCAAAUCAGAGCUGACUCAGAUCAAGUUCAACAUUGAUGCGCUGCUCGGCCGACUGGAAAGGAUCACAGAGGAAAAACACAUCAGUGCU